ACACUAAUAUAUAUAAUUCAUUGUAAAUUUCAUCCUGUGCCUUCCCGAACUGAAAAUUAAAUUAAAUGUCGUAAAAUAUUAAACUGUAAAUUGAAAUUGUGAAUGUUUUAUAUGCGAUAAAUAGCAAAGAUAAUUUACCAGUUCAUGUUGACGCUAGAUACGAUAAAACGAAUCGAAGAUAAAUUUUAGAUAUCACAAGCACCUACUAAUACGAUGUAAUAGUAAUAAGUAAUUGUUCAUUCGGUGGAAAACGUCGGUGACCAUGUCUGUUCGAGCGUUACCUCCGGAGCUAGCAGAAAAAGCCCGCAAAGAGUUAAAUGAAGAUCCAAGCAGGAUUAAUAGUGACAUUCAACACCUAAAGGACUGGUUGUCCAAACAGCCACAUUUACGCGCUAGAACAGACGAUCAAUGGCUUUUAGCAUUUCUACGAGGAUGCAAGUACAGCUUGGAAAGGACGAAGGAAAAAUUGGAUUUAUAUUAUUCCGUCCGUACAACUGCACCUGAAUUAUUCAGUAUAAAGCCGAGCAAUCCAUUAUUUGAUGAAAUAUUAAGUUUGGGGGCAAUAUUGAUAUUACCUAAGACUGCAACUUCUGAUUCACCACGUGUCAGUCUGAUCAUACCUGGUCGAUAUGAUGCUGAUAAGUACAACAUUACCGAUGUCAUGGCUGUAUCCUUUGUCUUACAAAAGAUUAUUAUGAUGGAAGACGACAACGCAAUAGUGGCCGGCAUUUUGUCAAUUUUAGAUUUAGAUACUGUAAAAAUGGGUCAUUUCUUACAAAUGACUCCAAUGGUCAUGAAAAAAAUGGUGGUUGCUUCUCAGGACGCAUUACCAGUUCGACUCAAAGGUACCCAUUAUUUAAAUACACCGACAGGAUUCGAAACUGUUUUCAAUGCUAUAAAAGCAUUACUGAACGAAAAAAAUAAGAAACGCCUCUACGUCCACAACCAGAAUUAUGAAGAGAUGUACAAAUAUAUCCCUAAGGACAUUUUACCAGUAGAAUAUGGCGGGAGCGGUGGUUCUAUUGAAGAAAUUAUAGAUUACUGGAGGAAAAAAGUAAAGGAAUACAGUGACUGGUUGGAAGAAGAUGAUCAAUAUGGUACGGACGAGUCCAAGCGACCAGGGAAACCGAAGACCGCUGAGGAUAUGUUCGGCGUUGAGGGUUCCUUCAGGCAACUUGAAUUCGAUUAAAUUUAAUAUUCGAUAAAAUUUUGUAAUUAUUAUUUCUCCUGUAGGAAAAUAAAGAUUUUUUAUUCUUUGUUUA